UCACAUCAUGAAUAAAAAUCGGAGUGCAACAGUGCAACCAAAAUAUUCUGUGCUUGAAGGCAAUUUCAGACAGAUGUUGACAAAGAGGGUAUCUCGUGAAGCCACGUUCCGAUAGAUAGCCUUUUUUGGUUUAACUGGCUAUAUAAAUACGAGAAGGCCGCCGGUCACCUGUCAGCAGCAGCAGAGGCUGCUGCAUCUUCAGACGCAGCCGGAGACCUCGGAGCAGAGAAGACACCAGCUCCAGACAGUGAGUUGUGAUUCCAGCGCAGAAAACUCGAAGGAGCCCUUUGCCCUCCGUCCUACUUGGCAGCCAACCCUCUCCCGGCCGCGAAUGGCCAUGUGUAGCGGAGCGAGGCUGGCCCUGCUGGUCUACGGGAUAAUGAUGCACAGCAGCGGCUCCUGCUCACCUGCCGGACUCAGCUUCCCCGGGAUUAGGCCAGCUGAGCAGGCUUACGACCAGGACGGAAAUCCGCUGCAAGACUUCUACGACUGGGACCCUCCGGGUGUGGGGAGCCCCGCCUCCGCGCUGCGUGACGCCUACGCCCUUUACUACCCAGCGGAAAGGAGAGAGAUCCUUAACCAAGCCUACAGCAAAGUCCUGGACCAGCUAUCCGCCAGGAAGUACCUGCAGUCGGCCGUGGCCAGGAGACUGGGCGAGAACCUGGGCGGCGGCGCGGCGGACGACCGGGCGCCCCUCACCAAGCGUCACUCCGACGGCAUCUUCACCGAUAGCUACAGCCGCUACCGGAAACAAAUGGCUGUCAAGAAAUACUUGGCGGCCGUGCUAGGGAAAAGGUAUAAACAGAGGGUUAAGAACAAAGGACGCCGAAUAGCGUACUUGUAGCGACGGGUUUCCAGCUACCAUGUGUACAAAAUGAAAAGUCGUUUUCCAAAUUAACCGACCGGUCAUCGCUCAUGUGUUCUUUCCAAACAUGUAUUUAUUAUCAAGUAAAGCCAUUAAAUGAAUAUUUUGAUAAUAAUAUUGUUUUUCUUUUUACGAAGCACUAGAGAAUGCACAGAUAUACUUUGUGGACCAAUUAUUGAUAUAUAUUAUAAAUAUAUAUAUUCAGAAUAUAUUAAGUAUAAAAGAGAGCAAUUCAUAAAGCGUGCACAAGGAUUGAAAAUUCGCCUGAGCUGUUUAUGUUUUUAUAUAAAAUGAAUAGAAAAAAAUAUAGACAAUCAUUGUUUGGCAUAUUACUCCUAUUUUUGUAAACUGGAAUUAAAGGAUAGUAUUUUUAUCCACAACAGGCUUCAAGAUACCAAUAAAGGCCAAUUGAACAAAAAAAAAGAUGCCCUGCUCCAGGGGAAUUCUGAGGUAACCACUUGGGGAAUUGCUGAAGGGCUUUCUUUCCCUGCGAGUCUCUGGGGCAGGCUGCUUGAACCCCAGCCUAACUAACUCAAGUGGGCAUUGUCCCAUUGGCUGCGGGGCAACUCUAACACUUUCGCUUUCUCUGAUUAUAUUUUUAUGUCUACUGGUCUCUCCUCAGACUCUCAGCCCAGAAGGAAAUUCUAACUAAGCAACAGCUCAGUCCAAAUUGUGCUUCUCCCCAGAAUUCACGUCAUUCCCUGUGAGCAGGAUUGGGGAACUGUACAGAGGAGACUUGGACAGAAGCUCUCUUUUCUGUACUUCCCGAUUCUCCAGGGAACCGACUUAUCCCAAGGCUAGGGCAAUUGGAACAGAGUGAAAGACACAGAGGCGAUUGGAAGAGUCAGAGCGGGGUGGCGGAGGAGGACCCUGCAGAGGGGGGACUGGCUUGAGAACUGCCCCAGGUCUGAGAAUUUGAGGGCGAGCCUAGCUCCUCUGCAGACUCCACUGCCGACAGAUUGGGUGAGGGUAUUGGAAAUGAGUGCAAAGUACAAUGUGUUUUUCUCCAGUGCUGUUCAUGCUUCUCAUUUUGUGAAGUGGCCAGGAUUUCUCCCUUGAGCCCUGCUCUGCAGAAACCACCCCUGUUCUUUGUGGUUUUUCUGGAGACCCCUCCUUCCUACCCUUACACCCCUCCCCCCGCAUAGUUUAAGAAUCAUUUGCCAUUUUCACUCACUGAUCUUAAAUUUGUGAAUGCUACUUAUUUUUUUGUUGUUGUUUGAUGCAAGCAGUUACUGUGAAGUUUAGGAACCCCUGUGUAGCUACCACAAAGUAAUUAUGCACUAAAUAUGAAACUCUUAUUUCUUGUUCAUUGAGUUUGUAGGUAAAAUGUAUUUUUCUAUAUUAUGGCUUAUUGCUUAGUAAAAUUUAUUUCAUAAAACCAAUCUUUGUCAUAUUAAGAAUGUGUAGUGUUCCAAUGUUGCUCAGUUUGACUAACUGAUAAAUCAUUUAAACCUUAUCUUCAUAUGUAUGAGUACUAUCUUACAUCUGUGGUCAAGAGUGGAGUAAGGACACUCCACACCCCACCCUUGUAUCCUGUCUUGGCUAAAGAAAGCAUGUCUGUUUCUUGUCAAUUUCUUGAACAUAUAUGGAGUAAUCUUUAUAAACAAAAGAACCUUCACCCAGCAAUCAGAUCAAGCAGCAACAAACCAGCCAGUCUCCUAAAUUUUAGGCACAAAUAAAAUAUAACACCAAAAAAAAAAAAAACAACAAAAAAAACCCCAAAAAACAAACAAAAAACCCAACAACCAAACCAUAUCAAAACAAGAAAAAAAAAAAACCCAUUAGUUUGUAAAGUUUAAAGGUCCGUUCCUUUUUCCUGUACAGAUUUGAUUAGUAUGAAGUCAGGCAUCUAAGAAAACAGAACUGUAUUUGCAUUCCCAGGCGGGUGGAUGAAUGCUGCCUCGAGAUCACAUUGCAAACAGAGAAGGCAGGCAUUGGAUCUCAGCCUGUGUCCAGCUACAGGAUCAAUCUCUAAUUCUGCAGUCUCCUCAGGCAAUGUGACUCGGGAUGCAGUUUGCAGCUUUAGUGCCUUUCUUUGCCUUUUAAAUCGCCACGAAUCACAGAUGGCUAUUUAGUGGCCCUACAAUGCUGCAACACAUCGGCUUGCGUUUUAGUCCUAAUUAUUUGUUUCUUGGAUAAUGGGCAGCGUUCUCUGUAUUUGUGUCAGCUGUUAGUGGUGAAACAGGGCUCUAGUGAACCUUUUAUUUAUGAAGUCUAACUUAGUGUUCACGUGGCUAGUGGCAAGCAUUUUACAGUGAUCACUCAAUUUAAUCUUUUGUAUACUUUUUAGAAAUGCCAAGAGCCUUACUAAACUGAAGCAGAUUUAUGAUAUAGGUAGAUGUUAGUCUUGAAGCUCUUAUUUUGUGUGCAACUGAUUAUACAAACAUAUUAACCAAGCAUUAUUACACACAUAAUAUCUAGAACUAGGACUUUGAUAUCUGUUAUUUAAAGUGUGUAAAAUUUGUAUGAAUAAAUUUUUGUAAACAAUC